AUGUUGUAUAAUAUUAAUUUUCCAGAUUGUUUCAAGAAGGAAAUUGGUCAUCAAAUGGAAAAGCGGAAAUGCUACACUGCCACUUGUGCAACUCAACGCCUGGAAAAUUUUUUAGUUUGGUCCAGCAACAACCUUGGCGCCAUUUUCUCACCUACCAAGGUAGGAUCCAAUACAUACGGCAAGAGGAAUACAGUUGAGAUUUUAAAGAGAGAACCCCUGAAUUACUCCCUUUAG